AAUAAAUGUUCGCUGAUGGAAGAGGGUGUCUCAUGUCGGAUGUUCUCGGCAAUUGCCGCAGCACCUUAUGAAAGUCUAACGUUUGCGUUUGUUGGUAUCGCAAUCGAGCGUUGCAUCGCCACUAUCGCUUACAAACGCUACGAAAAAUGGAGGAUACCAUUGAUUGCUUUCGUUCUUGCACCUGUUACGUGGUUAAAUGUUGCGUUGAUCAUUCGUCGAUCGAUAAUCGGAUCAGAUGGAAAGGCUUACUAUCAACCGUACUGUUCAACACUAACGUCUGGUUAUGUGAAUUUUGCGAAGUUGUUCAGCUACAGUAUACCAGUGAUUGUAGCAUCGUUCGUUCUGUUCGUUUUGGUUUACGUCGUUUGCAAACGUAAAUUAAAAUUAUUUGUUGCGUCGAAAAUCGAUGAUUUAUCGUCACGAUAUCAAUUGGUUGAGAAUGUCAAAUCGACAAAACUAUUGGCUAUCUUAUCGUCUGUUUAUACCGUGCUCGUCUUACUAACACUGGGAUCUGUGAUCGCCAUUGCUUACUUGAAUAUUUCGGAUUUGCUUAUAUUUGCGGUCUUGAAGGAGAUUUCAAGUUUUUCAAUGCCAUUGUAUAUCAACAUUUAUUCAGUGAUAAUUUUUACCCAAUGCAAUUACAUUCGACAACGUGCUACGCGAUUGUUCACUCGUCGUAAUAUAGGCCAACUACGAAACGGUACUACAGUAGCACCAGCGGUCAGUGUUGCACAGCAUAUGUAUAUUCUUGAACGCAUGUGGUCUUCACCUUACAAAUAA